AUAAACACAACAGAACACUUCUAAUUAUAAUAAAAUUCCAACGUCGGAAAAUCAGGAAAAUGGCCUCUACAUGCAUAUCAAAUUGUGUCAACGAUGCCCGUGGUCCGGUCCGUGCCAACUACGUUAACUUGUACAAAUGGCCUGAAUCCGAUGCCGAGUUUAUAAGAUCAGUCAGCUCAAAAAACAAUGGUCAUGGUCGUGGUCGUGGUCAUGGUCAAGGUUCUGGUCCGAAAGUGGUGGAUAGUAUUUCAUGUAGACAAUUAUAUUUGAGGAGCUAUACAUUUUCAAGAGAAGAAGAGAAUGUCAGUGAUGAGAAGAAAGUUCAUGUGAAAUGUUAUGGUAAAACAAAGAGAAAAUUAGCCCGUCGGACUAGGAGAAGAAAGUGUAAAGUGUUUAGAAAGGCUAAGGAAUUAUCUUGUGCUGCUUUGGCUUCGAUUUUUCAGAGGUUGCUAUCUUGCACUACUAAAGUUGAUGUGGUUGGUUAAUUUACUCUUAAGUUAUAUUUACUAUAAGAUCAUAUAGAAUUUUAAUUUCCUCUCAUAAUUCCUUUCUAUUUUCAUCAUCUUCUUUUUUAUUUUGUCUUGAGUUUUGUUUAUAUCGCAUGUUGUUCGAAUAUUUGAAAUUAAUGUAUGUAUGGAAGCUUUACAAGAAUGACACUUUUGGAAUCA